UGCAUCUUCAGUGGACAUAGACUGUGUUGCGACCACUGAUGACGUUGUUGGUGACGAUAUCGAAAACGCUGUUGAAGGUGAUAUUGAAGAUGAUGCGGCGAGCGGUGCUGUAGCUAAUAUCGAAGUUGACGCAUCUAGUUUGACAGUUGCAGACGUUUUCAUUGAAGUUAACCCAUCGAGUGAUCCAGUUGAAGACGCUAAUGUUGAAGUAAACACAUCGGGUGGUAUAGUAAAAGACGUUAACAUCGAAUUUGACGCAACGAAUGAUAUAGUGGGAGACACUAACAUUGAAGUUGGUGCAUCGAGUGCUAAAGCUGAAGACGCUGAUAUUGAAGUAAACACAUCGAGCGGUAAAUUUGGAGACGCUGACAUCGAAUCUGACGCAUCAAGUGAUAUAGUUGGAGAUGCUGACAUUAAAUAUGACGCAUCGAGUGAUAUAGUAGGUGACGCUAACAUUGGAGGUGACGCAUCGAGUGAUAUAGUGGGAGCGUCUAAUAUCGAAGCUGACACAGCGAGCGAGAUGGAAGGCGAUGCUAACAUUGAAGUUGACGCACCAAGUGACAUUACCGAAGACGCUAAUAUAAUUGUUGGUGUAUUCAGAAGAAAUGAUG